AACGAUCAAUACUUCAAAGGUUGAGCUGAGUAAAUGGUCCUUUCUCCAGCCCCCGCGCACUGCAGGACACUGACCCUGUCCCCUAUGAGGGACUCGCAAGCUCAAAUAGCAGCGGAGACUUACACAGUAAUUUACAAGGAAAAUAUACCUCAGGUAAGGCGUAAAUUCAUAAUAAUAAUAUUGUUACGUAGAGUUUAAUUUGGUUGAAAGAGGUUAUGCCAGGGUGAGAUUGGCUUCAAAUUGCAUGUUCAAAGAUUCCACGUAUUUAGCAACAGGUAUUUAUUUGUCAAUGGCUAGCUGAAUAAACACAAUCAAUUCAAAGCUUCUCAACAUAAAUGGUAUUCUAUUUUAAGUCUUCAAACUUCAACAUUUUAAUUUGUUUUUCAUUGUUAUGUGUAGUUCCUAGUUGAUAAUGUAAUCCCUUUCCUAUACAUACUUAGAUGGCACUCUAGAGUUGACAAUUAUGAAUUUCAUGAGAGGUUUUGCGCGCAUCCAAACGUUUUACAAGAGCUGGACAACAAUAUUAUACACGUUAAAGAAAAUGUAAUGGGCACUGUUUGCUGCCUCUAAUAAGGUGAUACCAUAACAUACCCCCGACGCGUUACUAGAAGAUCACGUAUUGGGAGAGCUAACAGCGGAAAUUCUUUACAAUUAUGAAUUAUCCCCAAAUAAAUUGAUAGCCCCCGUGUUUGCUUUGGUUCUUGUUUUUGUACGUUGCGUUUCCCUAUUUUACACAGUCUCCCACUAUGUAAAGAAAAUGUUGGACUGUGGAAGUUAUUUUCAAAAGUGUUGGUGUUGGUUAGAAUGUGUGCUGCAGUGGCGGCUGGUGACUUAGGUUAGGGAGGGGGAUGGAUGAAAGUCAUUUUGAAUGUGUUAAAGCAAAUGAUAUGACAUGCUUUUAUUGGAAUUAUAUUGUUUUGAAUGAUUAACACAGCAGUAUUUCAAGGUAUCUUAAAGAUCAAAUCUGCAUUAGGGGAAAUAGCACCACUAUACCAACGCUAGUCCUUGAGAGCUGCAGCACAGUUUCUAUACACCUAGAGGCGCAACUUCGCAAGACUUUCGGGAACACUUGCGAAACAGACCAGGCCCGGGGUUUGAGAAGUCAAUGAGAAAAGUGAAAAAGGAUUCCUUUUUGUUAAUUUUCCUAAAGGCACAACCUAGAUUUGAGCCAAUGUCUUUAGUAGUUGAACAUGUUAUUACUCCAACCGUGUGAAAGUGACAAACACACGUUUUCAUUUAGUAAAAAACAACUUUAUAUUGUGCCUUUGAUUUGACGGUCUGCAAAUGCACAGUUCCGCGCAAGACGACGGUUAGAUCCAAUGGCGUGUUUCUGCGCAUGAGCUUAGCUAGCCAACGUCGCCAUGACAUUGCCUACACGUGUGAUCGGUAAUUUCUACUGGAGAAGUAGUUUCCGCCUAUUUUCAUAUUGUCUUUGGCUGCACUGUCCACUAGAGCUGCAGUGUCUUCUAGUUCCCCUUCCCCUGGUACUUCAUUGAUCCUUACAUGCCAUCGAUCGGCCAGAGUCCACACAGAUAGCUGGUUUCUAAAUUAGCCACUGACCAAAGACCAAAGGAGUUGAUUAACCCUGCUAUACCCUGACCCUGACCCAGACCCCUCUCCCCGCAGAAUGAGGCUGCCCCAGUUUGUGUGGACUCUGGGGCUGCUAUUGCCUUUGCUGUCAACCUCCCAGGCGUUCAAAGACAUCUGCAAUGCCAAGCCCAAAGACGUGCCCCUGGAGCCCAGGUGCAUCUACCGCAGCCCCGAGGACGAAGCCACGACAGGGGACGCUAACCCGGAAAAAGUCCCUGAGAACACCAAUCCCCGGGUGUGGGAGCUGUCCAAGGCCAACAGUCGCUUCGCUCUGUCCCUGUUCAAGCAGCUAGCCCAGGGCAAACCCAGCGAGGAAAACAUCUUCAUGUCCCCUAUCAGCAUCUCCUCAGCCUUCGCUAUGACCAAGCUGGGCGCCUGCAACAACACGCUCAAACAGAUUAUGAAUGUAAGGGGUCUGAAGCGUAACCCACAGGACUGUUAAAUGGGCCUGGUAACCCAAAUCAAAAGGCCAAUAUAUAAAACCAAGAUUGAGACUGUUACUAUACAUUUACAAGUAUAUGACUCAUUCAGCAUUUGUUUUCAUACACAUUAGGCUGGAAGAACUUAGAAAUGUGGGGUUUCUGUCAAUUCACGUUCACACUCUUUCUUGCUCCUCCUGCAGUGAUUAAAAUAAAUGAAUAGCCACAACUAAUAACAGCUCAGGGCAUCCCAAUGUCUGAUCUCUGUCUCAAUCUUUAAUUCAGGUGUUUGAGUUUGACACAAUCAAAGAGAAGACGUCGGACCAAGUGCAUUUCUUCUUCGCCAAGCUAAACUGUCGCCUGUACCGCAAGAAAGACAAGACCACAGAACUGAUCUCCGCCAAUCGUCUUUUCGGAGAAAAGUCUCUGGCAUUCAAUGAGAUUUACCAGAAUAUCAGUGAGCUGGUGUAUGGAGCCAAACUCAUGCCACUCAACUUCAAGGUCUUUCCCGCUUGCAUUGUCCAUAGCCUGCUACUUAAUUUAGCGUUUUCACACAUCACAAAUAUAUAUUAUAUACUCUUUAAUAACAAUGUGUUCAAGAGUUAAAAAACACUUGUUACUAUUAUGGACCAGCGUUAAGUCUAAUCAAUUACUUGCACUGAAGUUGAGCAUUGCUACAUGGUAUUUAUCUGCACUCACACUGCUGAGUAAUUACAGUGCCUUCAGAAAGUAUUCAUACCCCUUGACUUAUUCCACAUUUUGUUGUUACAGCCUGAAUUCAAAAUGGAUAAAAUAUGUUUUCCUCACCCAUCUACACAUAAUACCCCAUAAUGACAAAGUGAAAACAUGUUUUUAGACAUUUUGGAAAUUUAUAAAAAAUUAAAUACAGAAAUCUUAUUUACAGGCAUUGGAAAACCUCCCUGGUCUUUGUGGUUGAAUCUGUUCAAAAUUCACUGCUCGACUGAGGGACCUUACAGAUAGAGAAUUGUAUGUGUGGGGUACAGAGAUGAGGUAGUCAUAAAAAAAUCAUGUUAAACACUAUUAUUGCACACAAAGUGAGUUUAUGCAACUUAUUAUGUGACUUGUUAAGCACAUUUUUACUCCUGAUCUUAUUUAGUCUUGCAAUAACAAAGGGGUUGAAUACUUAUUAACUCAAGACAUUUGAGCUGUUCAUUUUUAAUUAAUUUGUAACAAUUUCUAAAAACAGUUCCACUUUGACAUUAUGGGGUAUUGUGUGUUAGCCAGUGACAAGUCUAAAUUGAAUCAAAUUUAAAUUCAGGCUGUAACACAACAAAAUGUGGAAAAAGUCAACGGGUGUGAAUACUUUCUGAACCAAAGCAAUUCUAGACAUGUAGAAAUGCAAUUCUGUGAACAUGGGUAUUUUAGGAGAAGCCAGAGCUCUCACGGGUGACCAUCAACGAUUGGAUCGCAAACAAGACUGAGAACAGGAUUCGGAACACCCUGCCGAAGGACUCGCUGAACUCCAACACUGUGCUGGUCCUGGUCAACACAAUCUAUUUCAAGGUGUGUUGAGUUUAUUUCCUCUCUGCCUAUGGAGGGCCUUUUGAGCCAAAACUACUUAAUUUUGGCCUCCUCGGCCUUCCAUAGCCACCACCCAGGCACCUAUUUCCUUCCAUUCAACUGCCGCCUUCUCCUCUGCUGUCUCACAGGGUCAGUGGAAAAGCAAAUUUGACAAAAAGAAUGUCUUCAAGGCUGACUUCUAUGUGAGUAAGUCAAAGACGUGCCCAGUGUCCAUGAUGUACCAGGAGACCAAGUUCCACUACGGCAGGUUCAUGGAAGACAAGGUGCAGGUGCUGGAGCUGCCGUACCGUGGAGAGGACAUGACCAUGGUGCUGAUCCUACCUCUCAAAGAUACACCCCUGUCUGAGGUGGGUGCCUACUGUCAUCAUUUACACUAUUCACUGACAAUUAUAGUGUACUGUAUCACACUGAAUUUCCGCUCUGCCGAUGAUGUUCUAAGGUGGAGGAGAACCUGGACUUGAAGAAGCUGACUGGCUGGCUGCAUAACAUGAGGGAAACCUCGGUGUCGGUGAAGCUGCCACGCUUCCGCAUCGAAGACAGCUUCAGUCUGAAGGAGAAACUGCAGGCCAUGGGGCUCGAGGACCUCUUCAGCCCCAAGGACGCCAGCCUGCCAGGCAUCCUGGAAGAUGAGACGAAUGAUCUGUAUAUUUCAGAUGCAUUCCAUAAAGCAUUCCUAGAGGUAUGUACAGUAUCCAUAAGGAUCAUGAUAAAAAAUCCAUAAUGAUCAUCACUAAAAGUAGCUGGGGAUUUAAAAAAAUAAUAAUUAACAGAUCAAACGUUCAUCUGGUGGGGCACUAGGCCUAAUUGGACAAUUAACAAGCAAAGAAGAUCAUCGAUAAACUUGAUUAAAUCAAUGGAAAUCAUAAACUUUCAAACCAUUUUUGUCCAGUAGCUUAACAAAUAAACAACUGUUGCAGGUGAAUGAGGAAGGCAGUGAGGCGACUGCUGCCACGGUUGUAAUGGCCAUCGGCCGUUCCAUAAACUUAAACCGGGAGGUGUUUGUGGCCAACCGGCCCUUCCUCCUGCUCAUCCGAGAGUCCACCAUCAACACCAUAGUGUUCACUGGCCGAGUGGCUGACCCCUGUGACCCCUGAUCACACACACACUUCAGAUUUGUCAUUCCCCAAUGUAAACUUUCAUGUCAUGUAACUGCCUAUUUCUGAUCUCUGUAUCGAUCUAAAAUAAACCAAAUGGGAUGAACAGUGGACCACUUUGUGAUGUAUUUAAGAAUGAGUAAUUGUAUUUCCUUUAAGAAGAAUGUACUUUAAUAUGUACUCGUGAAGAAAAUGAUAUAGUGGUUAUUGUGAAGUAACCCAUUUUCACAUUAUCAAAAACAAUAACAAAUCAACCUUUGGCCUUUACAGUGUAAUCAAUACAUGUUUCUUUUUCAGGAACAGGACCAUGCAAAAUAAAAAAUAAAUUUCACAUAUAACCUGCAAGAUC